AUGAGGAAACUGUUAUCUUAUGCCAUUGCAGAAAGGCUGAAGAAAAAGCAAUAUUAUCUAAAUAAUGGAACUGCAGUGCUAGAGGAGCUUCUUGCUAUAUGUGACGGAAAUUGCCGAAUUCCCCUCCGUUACCUAAGUGCCACAGAGAUCGAGAAUGCAAUUAAGCACUCUAAAAGAAAAAUAGAGCUCUCCGGUGUGGAUAUGAGCUUCCGUAGUAUCCACCGAGAUAUAGCAAUUACUGCUCAAAUGAGCCAUCUCAAGAAUGCGCUGACACUUUUCGGCUGCUACCUUGAAUUCGCAAAACCAGUUCUCGUAUAUGAAUAUGUUGAGGCUAUAAGUCUUCAUGAUUUACUUUUUAAUGAGGGUAAUCGAGACCGUGUCACAAGACCAGUAUCUUGGGAAAAUAGAUUACGGAUUGUGAAUGAGGUCGCUUCAACAGUAGUUUAUCUCCAUACCGAAUUUACUACGCCUAUCAUCCACAGAGAUAUAAACCCAUUCAAAGUGAUAAUAGAUCAGAAUAGUGGCGUUGUCAAAAUGGUCGACUUCUCAUUGUCCAUAUCAUUGCCUCCAGGAAAAUUGGAAGUAAAAGAUGGUGUGCGCGGAACAUUAGCCCUCUAUAUAGAUCCUGAAUAUGUCCGCUCGGGUAUUGUCACUCAAAAAACUGACGUCUACGGCUUAGGGGUUCUUCUCUUUCAGCUAUUAACUGGAACAAGCAUGCACGAGAUAGAUAUUAGAGAUAUUCCACCCAGCGUCGAGUUUGAAGAUCCAUAUCUUCCCACGAACGCCCAACUUUAUAUUAAAGAGGGCAGUGCAAUAGAUAUAGCGGAUCCUGCCAUUCUAGAAGAGCACGGAAUUGAGAUUCGACAACACUUGGAAGACUAUUUGGAUCUUGUUAAGCAAUGUACUGCGUCAAAGGGAGAAGAUCGACCAUAUAUGAUUCAAGUUGCAAAGGAAUUGCGUCGAAUUGAGAACUGCUUCGGUGCCCUCACCAUCAGUCAAAAUUAA